AGGCAACGGCGCGCUGCUCAAUUCGACGGAAGCUUUCUAGGGUUUUAGCUCCUCCUCCGGAAAAAUGACGAAGAGAACCAAGAAGGCUGGCAUUGUCGGCAAGUAUGGAACAAGAUAUGGUGCUAGUCUGAGAAAGCAGAUUAAGAAGAUGGAGAUCAGUCAACAUAGCAAGUACUUUUGUGAAUUUUGUGGCAAGUAUGCAGUGAAGAGAAAGGUUGUCGGAAUCUGGGGUUGCAAGGACUGCGGCAAAGUAAAAGCUGGAGGUGCCUACACACUCAAUACUGCAGCGGCUGUGACAGUCAGGAGCACUAUCCGAAGGCUCAGGGAGCAGACUGAGAGUUGAAGAUGCAGUAUUAUGUUUUUCUUUUAACCAUCUGUUUUUUGGUGGUGUGAUAUGUAAGCCUGGUCAACAAUUGUCUUUUGAUGGAUUCUGUUAAGUUCUCGUGUGCUUUGACUAAGCAGAGUAGUGGGUUUUGAGUAAUGGUAAUUGCUUCCCUUGGAUUAUAAUGGCAUUGCAAAUUCAAUUGCUUAAUUGAGGUGGUUAUUCAGUUUUUAUACCAGUAAAUUGCUCAAAUUUGCAUCAUGGUUUGUUUAUUUGUAUGUGGAACUUAAACCAACUGAUAAAGGCCUGGUUUUAUUAUGUUUAUACAAAUCGUAAUUGUUUUGUUUGAACCUUCAGCA